AUGAAAAUUAACCUGAUUUUAUGUAUCUUAACUUAUCAAAUAAUGGGACAAAUUGUAAUACCACUCUAAUAAAGAUGCUUAUGUUCUGAUAUAUCUGAAAAAAGUUAAUGUGAACUUAUAAAUUGUUAUUGGGAUGAAGCAUGUUCUGAAAAUAAAUGUGAAAAUAGAAAAUAAGAUAAAUGCUACGGAGAAUGUUCAUGGUCAAAUGGCACAUGCACAGAUUACAUAUUUAAAUGUAGCGAUUACAGUACUUAAAAGAGCUGUGAUUAACAAACUAAUUGUGGUUGGGCAUCUUCAUAAUAAUGCAUAUUAUUUAAUAGCUGUCAAGGGUUUUUCGUGUCAGAACCUGAACAAUGUUAUUCAAAAGGUUAGAAUUAAUGUGAACCGUCAGCUAUACAAGCAGAUGGCCAAUACUAGUGUGUUUAGAAGGUUAAUGUAGAAUGUGGAAAAUUGAAAUCAAAAACCAUAUGCAACAAUUCUUAAUAAUCAAACAGUGUACAGUGUGGAUGGAAAUAAUCAACAAAUGAAUGUUUAGCCAAAUUGAAUUUUGAUAUUUGCGAGAACGCGAAGGAUUGGUAAGAAAUGUGUGAUACUUAUGCUUGCAUUUGGUCAAAUGGAACAUGUUAAUCUAGAGAUUGUGGCAGUUUCACUAUCUAAGAAACAUGCAAAUUUAUUCCAAAUUAUUAAUAUACUGAAAUCACAGUUUGUAUUUGGACAGAUGAUAAGUGUUAGAGUGUAUAAAGCAUAGAUGAAUUGCCAUAAGAACAAUGCUUUGAGAAUACAAAUGGUGGAUCUAUGUGGAUAAAUGAUGGCUGCACAUCUUGUCAGGGAUAUACUUAAAUUCUUAAUAUAAUAAUGAUGGUGCUAAUUUUCACAUUAUUAGAGUGA